AUGGCAUUCGCGCAGCCACCGCAGCAGUUCUCCGCUGGCGGAGCAGAUGCUCAGGACAUGGUCAGAAAGGGCAGUGAGGCUCGACGAAAUAGCAGCCCUGCCGCACGACAAGAAGCUGCUUCGGGACCGGCCAACAUGAGCUCUUUGCACCAGAGUGAGGAUGUGGGUGGAUGGGCUCGACGCACUGCCAACAACGUGGUGAUGACGGAGCGAGAAAGGAGUCGGCUGUUGCGGACAGUCUCUACUCUCGACAAGACCCAAGGUUCUCCGGCGGCUGCGAAUCCGACGCACGCUGAUCGGAGAUCGGGAGAGGCAGCUAGUCGCUCGAACGGCUCUGAAGGUACAGAGACGCCUCCAUGCUACGAGACUGCACUCGGCGCAGAUUACAAUGUAGACUCUCUCUCGAAAGGCAAAGCCAAAGCAGCGAUGCUGCGAGCCAUCUCCAUCCCGAACAUCGCACGCGCAGUGCAGGGCAAGCUCAUCAGCCCAACAUCCGCAGCUUCGCCAAGUUCUGCAACCUCCACGCGGGCAGCGCAGAACAGCGCCAGGGCAAGCACGUCUUUCUCCAUUGAUGCUGGGCCUUCAACUCCUACGUCUCCUCAGCAAUCAUCGCGUAGCAGCCGGCACGUGCGCUCGACGUCGAGUGGGCUGCCUUUGCACCCCUUGGCAGUUUCUGCCGCCGCACUUCCUCAGCCCAACGUCACUUUCUCGCUGCCUUCGAGCCCUACGAGACGCCGGUCAUCGGCAGAAGCAGCCGCGACAAGCGCCACACCGAUUGACGGCGCGUCGGAGGAAGGGCAGAUAGCUACAACUCAAUCCGUGUAUGCGUCGUGCGGUGAGUGGUCGGGGACAGGCAUCGUCGUUGGCCUGCUGCAAAGUCUUGUAUUUCAGGUGUGAAAGCCAGUGGGUGGGGUGGGCGCCGCGCGCACCUUUGCGGCUGACUGCCCACGCCAAGCAAUCGUGAACCUUGGCUCACUGUGGCGCCAUGGCCCAUCCCAAGAUGGCGUGUUCCUUCUACAGCUUGCUUGUCUCUAUUCGCAAUUUGCUGACUCGCGUCUGAUACGGACCUCUCCCCACAUCCCUGCCCCACAUUUAUCUCGUCGCCCCGGCCUCGACAUUCGCGAUUCACGAUUGUGUGAUUUGGCCGUCGCUCCCACCAAUCUCUCUGUUUUGCAAUCGUGGAUCCCGGACUUUCUCCUCGGCCGCGCGCUGGUACCACGACGAAACUCCGACAACUCCGCACCGUGUUGCACGACGACCUUGCUCUCGAACAUCGCAUCGCAUUCCUGAUCCUUUACGAUUGCCCCUUUGCUGAUGUGCGCUUUUCUGGCUCGGCGCAUACAACCCGCUCUUUGCUGCUUCCCCGCUCGGUGGAUCGAUCGCUCUCACUUGCCUCGCCGCUCUGCCGCUCGCAUGAACGAAUCUUGGUUCGCUGCUUACUGCUGCAUGCACACGCCCUGCUGCAUCGCGUUUAUUCGGGCACGCGACCUGUCUUUGUUCGGCUUUGCGGUCCAAUUGCCUCAACGCGCGUUGCGUCUCUACGACGCGGCGGCUCGACUGUUCUGGGCCCUCUCGUGGGUCCUCACCGUCAAACCGCACCCUCUGCCACUCAUCACCUGCUUGUGUGCUCUCGAUUCGGCAUUGGCUCCCGAUCAACAAUCGCGAUUCGACCAAUCAACUCUCCUGCAUGGUCUUGACUUGCUCUGACUUCGAUGGUGCGCGACAAUUCGCAAACAAAUCAUUCACGCUCAUAACCACUGCACGCCAUCCGCUAUUCAGCUCCAGAUGAUCGCACGCCCACGCGUCCAUCUACCGAGCAAUCUCGGGUGAUUUCGAGCGCGCCGUCAACCUCACGCCGCUCUGCCGACGAAACAAUCCUUGCCCCGCGCGGCGCCGGCAGUUCGAACGGUCAGAUCUCCACUUCAGCGCUGCUUAGCUCGACAACUCCAUUUCAUUCAAAUAGCGUGACGCCGCCACAGACCGACGCCACUGACUCUGCGACACCAGACUUGGACGCCGAUCCAGCCGAGAUGUCGCACUCAUCGCGGAGGCCAUCAUUGCUGGAGCUGGUAGCGGGCCGAAAGGCGGAGCAGGUACAUGUGGCGCCAAAUUACGCGUCCCUGAAGCCUGCACUGGGCAGCAGCGCUCUGCGAGGAGACGCGCACGUCAAAUCGAACGUGGCCGUUAUCAAUUCAGUGCCGAGCAGGCUGCCAACGAGUGCCGCCGUGGGAUCACCGGAGCUUUUGCACACGCCAGGCGCUGCACAGAUCGACCCCUCGGAUCUAGAUGGCGACGAAGCCGAAAUGGAACGCUUGAGCUCUCCUACAGACUAUCACGCAUCGGAUCAGACCAUCGCGUCUGGCAACUCGCCUCACGCAUCGCGCUCGAGGUCUAGCUUCUCCUUCUUGCGCAGCUUCGAUAGGCGUACUUCCAGCGAGGUCUCCACGGCCCCUCAACGCCGCGGGAGCGCCGCUUCCUGGUUCGGUCGGUCGCGCGACAACCUUCAGACAGCACUGGAAGACGGCAGCGACGCCGAGGGAGGGCCAUGCAGCAGUACACCCAGAAGAGCAAGCGUGGCCUCUGUUAAGGGCAUUUUUCGCAAGAAAGGCAGCAAGGUCAAGGAUGGGCAAUCGGCACGCUCAAGCGGCUCUUCGUCACCCAGAUACACGGAGCCCCAGUCCGCAUUUCAUGUUCCCUUCGCUUUGGGUGAUUUGUCGGGACAGGCUUCACCCACUCUAGAGCAGACAGAGGAGGCUGCACGAGCCUUCUCUACCCCGUUCGGGAUGCCAGUACGCACAAGGAAUGUGUCCGCACAAUCGACUUUCGUAACGCCCUCCAUGCAUGCGCAUACAAGAGCGCAGCGAGAGGAUGAAGGGCCACUAGGAGAAAGAAGACCGUCGCUUGCGCCAUCAGGCAGUCGCGACGCGCGCUCUGGCAUAAUCACUGGAAUGCCUGCAACUGUCGCCUCGCCUGCUACGUCUCCCUCUGAUAGAGCUUCUGCCUUGUCGGGUAGCACGGACCAUACCUCGGUUUCCACUCAUGCAGCAGCAUCGCGAUGUGCAGGAUCCAGCCCGAAUGGCGGUCGGUUGAUCAGCGCUGAAUCGAGCCGUGUGGGCGUCUUUGAUAAGGUAGCGGUCGACAGCAGACAGCUACUUGGCUCGGCGCUGAGCGUGGCGGACGAGCAAACCGCGCUUCACGAGCAAAGGCCCACAGCGCUCGGCGUCGAUCAGGAGCAAGCUGCGCUCGAUGCUCGAUCUGGCCAGGACCCUAACAUCUCGUCGAGCGGAGGUGAGGUCACUGCGCAGGGGGCGACCUACAGAGCUUCAAGUGGUGAAUCUCCUACUACAAGCACACCUGCCCGGCAGCCCGCUGGUCGCGGACGACUGUCUCAUCUUCCUCGGCUCGACUCGAUGCGACUUAAUCGCAACACUCAAUCAAAUGGAUCUGGAAAUGGCAGCGCGCCACCGGAUGGUGGUGCUGGAGGCGAUGGCAACGAUGAUGGACGAAGACAAAGCCAGGAAGGCGGGGAUGCUGGCGACGACAGCGAAGAUGACUCUGAGGAUGAUCAUGCGCCCAGUGGGUCGGAGGCGGAAGAGACUGAAGAGGCAGAAUCCGAGACGGAUGCGGAAGAUGAAUCAGAUCAUGAGCGGUCGCCUUCGCCGGCGAUGCCUGGGUCUAUGCCCAUAACCGCCGCUACGCUCGCUCGAGUUUCACCCCCCGCUGGUAUAGCUCUGCCUCCCGCUCAGAGGUUUGACCAAACCCUUGCCAACUCGAUCUCGAGGGACGCGCAAAGCGUCGACAACUCGAAUCGUCAGAGCUGGACGCGUUUCGCCGAAUUCCCACCCCUCGAGACUCCCCGCACCCUAACGGGCCGCACGCCAAUCAGUUCGACGCCGCUGGCCAGGGCCUUGAAUGCCGUUACCACCAACGAUUCCUACUUUGCGCAACGCCCUGCUCAGCCUCGCCUUGCCACGGGUGCUCGACCACCAACAGGCUCCGACGUACCGCCGCCUUCUCCUUCCAUAAUCUCAAGGUCUAGGGCACCCUCCAGCGCGAGCGUGCGCACCACCAGGUCUGGCCACAGCGCCGUUGUCGGAACCCCUAGUCGCGACACAUCAGCUUUGCCAUCGGUGAACGGCGCGACGCAUCCUCUCUCGUCUACACCCCGUGCCAAGGACCCUGCACAUCCUGCGAAUGGCCCAUCGUAUCCUCACUCAUCCACUCCAAAGCCCAGAGACCACUCACCCGGACAACGCUAUCCUCUUUCAUCCACCCCCCGGGCCAGACAGCCAUCAACUGGGCACCAGUCCUCGCAUCCGACGACUGCGAUCGCAUUGGGAACUGGUGCCCCAGCUUCGCGCACGGGAGCGGAUGGUCAACCGGCUUCCAUUCGAAGCACCUCUUUCCGUAGACCCCUUACUGCCUCCGGAAGCUCUGCAUCGUUGAGCAUCCCUGUCGGCCUCGCCAAAAAGCCGGACCCAGGUCGUGAAGCAUCCCCAGCUUCUCGCAAUGUUGGAACGCCGACAAGUCCCAGGGCUAAUGCAUUUGCAUCCGUCGGCCCUUCUGCGAGCGCUACAGGUGCUUCGCGUCCCGGCUUGUACUCUCAAAAGUCCCAGUCACUUGUGGAUCUGAGCGCGAGCUCGAGGCGUGAGGCGAUUAGACCUACGCAACCGCCCAGCUUCCCUGCAUCGCCCGGUCUUUUCACUGGUCGAGCUUCUCCUUCCCCGUCCCAACAGGGCGGCGCCACGCUGGCCCCUCCAGCCUUCCAAGGCAAGGACGCGCCGGACGCCCAAGGCAUGCGCCGACGGCAAUCAAUGUUCGAGGUGGGCAAGGAACCUCCUCCUUACUCUAUCAUCCACGAGAGACCGGAAGGAAAGCAGCUCAUCAUGCCGCGCGAAGAGGAGGGCAAGGAGAGCCUCCCCUCUUACUUUUGUGGCGUACACAUCGAAGGCUACUUGCCCCGCAAGAUGGAGUUUUCAGCUCCCGGCGUUCAGGCAAAGGAUCGAAGCUGGAGGCGCUACUAUUUUGUGCUGCACGGUACUAGUCUGAAGCUCUUCAAAACCGAUCUCUCUGCAGCUGGUUACGCAAGCAAGGGUGCUUGGGGUGAGAUGGACGGCGCUCACGUGCACAAGGAGCCCAUGAACGAAGUUGCCCCCGCAGCGGGGCAGAAUGGCAGUUCAGCUCCAAAUGGAGACGAAAAGCGCAUCAGCAACGGGACGAGCAGCGCUAUGAAUGAGCGCAGCACCAGUGGCGUACAUGGCACCAGCGGCUUGAACCACGCCGUUGAACUCGUGAUCAAUAAUCGACCUUUUGGCAGCCAACACGCGAUCAGCAGCGCGAGUGCCAGCGCUAGUGAUCUGAGCAAGCACAAUGCUGUGCGCAAUUAUACGCUGCAGAAUGCCGAGAGCGGCUUGGCAGCGGACUAUCUCAAGCGACGACACGUGGUGCGUGUACGCGUAGAGGGCGAACAGUUCCUACUGCAGACGCGCAACGACCGGCACGUCGUGGAGUGGAUCGAAGCUUUCCAAGGUGAGUGUCUGCGAGACACAUGCGCAUUGGAGCAUCGACUUCUGACGGAUGCCGCCCGCUUCAACACACAGCCUCGACCAAUGUCGCCCUGGACCUGGACAGUCGAGUGCUUCCGAAAUUCAUCACGCUACCUCGUCGUCGCAGACGCAGAAGGGCGCAAGAAGGAACAGCGGUAGAUGAGAGAGCACGCGAAGCGGCGCAGAUUGCAGAGGCUCAACGUCGAUCGGUCACUGAUGCUGUGGGAGGAGGUCCUGCUACGAGAGGUCGAGCCAGUCCGCCCAGACCUCUCGGCCUGCCCCAAGCUGGGGAUCGCGGUAGCAGAGAGCAGCAAGACACGUCCGAUGCGCUCGAAGCUAUGCUCGCCGAGGUGAGAUGUGCAAAGCGUGGGUUGGUAUGAAGGCGCAUAGGUGCUGAUCUGGCGUUCCCUCACGUCCUGCAGGAACAUCGAGACAUGGCGCGACGCGAUGCCUCUGAGAUGUGAGCGGCUCCCCCUCCGCGCUCGUUGACGUAUCCCCAGUGCGUCUGAGAAAAUCCUCGGUGGUCUUACUCGCACUGCCGACCCAUAUCCCCGAGCAUUCCCCUUUUCCCCAACGAGACACCUGGUGCUCGAGCGUGGUACCUGCACGAUGCUUCUAGAACGUAG